AAGGGUUGUGAAUGUGAAUAUUUUUUAAACAACGUUUUUUUACGCUUCCAUUUUUCAAUUCAAAUCUCCCACUACCGUUUGUGUAUGUCUAUAAUAUCCCAGUACGUGGCGACCUCUAUAAUUGGAAAGUGAGGGAGGAAAUGGAAAAAAUUUUCACUUUUCAGAUGCAACCCUGCGCUGCCGACGCGUCGUAAGGCCCAAGGGUGGACCCACGCCGUGGGCCUAAGCGUCAUUCGGCAUUUGACAGGCAAGCGGAAUUGCUUAGAAAUAUUUUAAUAUUCAUAAGUGCACUUUUGUUUUUUUCUUGAUACCAAAACACGGUCUUUUUGAAGAUCGUUACGAGUGUGACUUGUGAUUCUUGUAAGUGUUGCGUGAUCUGCAGAUCGAUACUGUAUUUUUUAAAUUAACCAUACCAGCAUCCUGUUUUUCUACAAAAUCCGACAAUGGCAGAAGACGAACAGCAACAAAAAGAAGAUAAGAACCUGCAUGAUUGUACUUGGAACACUCGAGUGAUGGAUCCGAACAGCCGCAAAUUCAGCAGAGUCAGAGUUGCCAUUACUAACGAUCAACUCCUUGCACUCGAGAAGGAGUUUCAACUACGCAAAAGCGACAACAGCAGACCGAAUAGAUGCAAACUUGCCGCCGAACUAGGUCUUAGCGAAGUGCAAGUGAGGGUCUGGUUUCAAAACCGGCGAUUAAGGCAGAAGAUCAUAGAUGCUCACGCGAAGGAAGAGAGAGAACGCCAGCGCAUGACUCUCGGCUGGACUUGCUCUUACCCAGCUUUCGCCGUUGCCCAGGCGUCAAAUCCACCAGCAGCCUAUCACUUUGGUCCGAUGCCGGUCCGCGCAGAACCUGCGAAAAAUAAGCUUAAAGAUAAUCUGACAAUGGCGGAAGACAAGUCGACAAGUAAAAGCAACGACCAUUCAAAACGGAAUCCUGAACAACAACAGAAAGAAGAAAAUACUGUGCCUAUGCACUAUUACGUUUCCUAUGGCUCCAAGAUGAUCGACCCGAACAUCCGUGAGUUCAGGCGCGCUUACACCAGAAAUCAAAUAAUCCGACUCGAGAAAGAGUUCCGACGCGAGAACGACGACAGCGAGCCCAGGAGAUACGAGCUCGCAGCUGAACUCGGUCUCACCGUGAAGCAAAUCAAAGUCUGGUUCCAAAACAGGCGCAUGAUGGAGAAGUAUCGGCGCCUGAAGGAUAAGCGCCAGCGCAAGGAGGAAAAGCGCCAGCGCAUGGAGGAGAAACGCCAGCGCAUAGCUCUCGCCCGAUCCUGUCCAACAUACAAAAUGUAUGACGCCGAUCCAGUUAUGGCCGCUGUCCAGACUGCAAUUCCACCAGCAGUGCACAACGCGGCUCCGAGAGGGUUCCGCGAACCAGAAUUAGGGAGAACCACGCUCGUAGCGAGAGUAGUGUCCAGGCACUAUGACAUUCGACCGUCCACUUCAAGAAGAAAUUACGACUAUGUCAUAAUUGAUGUACCCAGCCAGCUAGAAGUUCUCAGAUGGCUGGACAGUGGUUCCAUUAUUACGGAAGCAUUGGCUCAGAACUUUAGCACAAUCGUUUUUUAUCUUGUUGUCGCUGCGCUAACUUAUCUGUUGUAUUAUAGUUUAUUUUAUCGUCCAACGUAGAGUAUCAUAAUCAAACAAUAAUUCGCAGUGCAAAAUAUUCAAAUAAUAAGUAAAUUCAUUGGGCGACUCUCAUAAGUUUUAAUUUUUUUAAAUAUAAUUCAAACAGUUUGAACAUUCAACAUUCUCACCGAUUUAUCAAAUGCAAUUUAAAAUUUUAUUUUUAUCGCCUGCAGAAACUAUUCAAAAAACAGUUUGUGCUUUGUAUUUUUGUAAUAUUUUAUUGUAAUAGCCGUCCAUGCUCAACACAUUCACUAUGGUUUACAGUAUAGCGAAAGCUAGAUCAAAAUAAAUGCUAACGAAAAACAAA